AUGAGACUCUGGGAUGGCAGGCUUCUGAAGGCCACCCUGGCCGUGGUGGUGCUGGCCAACGGGGUGCUGGGUGUUGAUAUUCUUGAGACUGUCGGCUUCAGCAACUGCAACCAGAACGCCACUGUCACGGUGCAGAGGGUCGAUAUCAAGUACAACCAUGACAACAAGACAGUUACAUUCGAUGUGAUGGGAACAAGCAGCAAGGUCCAGAAUGUCACGGCCAUCCUCAACGUAACGGCAUAUGGCCGGGACAUCUAUUCCAACACCUUUGACCCGUGCAGUCCGGCCACCUUUGUUUCCCAGCUUUGUCCAGUUCCUGCUGGCACUUUCGCGGCGAGGGGCACGCAGCAGAUCCCCGAGGAAUACGCCAAGCUGGUGCCCGCAAUCGCUUUCCAGAUCCCCGAUAUUGCGGCCUUUGCGAAGUUGCAGCUCAAAACGAAAGACUCGGACCAGCAAGUGGCAUGCAUCGAGUCUCAGGUGACCAAUGGCAAAACCGCCAAUGUGCCGGCAGUGUCGUACGUGGCAGCCGGUGUGGCCGGAGCAGCCUUGGUCCUAGGAGGCGUGUCGGCCGUCGGCGCAGCUCUCUCGGGAACCAGUGCGCUGCUGGGCGGUGGAUCGGCGGCAGCAGGAGCCGGUGCUGGUGCGGGAGCGGGGGGGGCAGGAAGCGCUGGAGGUGCCGGCUCGAUCAGCCCAAGCUUCACCGAGGUGUUUGGCUGGUUCCAAAGCAUGGCCAUGAAUGGCAUGCUGUCGGUCAACUUCCCACCCGUGUACCGCAGCUUCACCAGCAACUUUGGCUUCUCGACAGGCCUGGUGCCCUGGACCCAGAUGCAGAUCGCAAUCGAUGACUUCCGCGCUGCUACCGGUGGUAACUUGACCAACAACAGUGUUGCUGCCCUUCGGAAUGCCACGCUUGUCUUCCCUGAUGGCUCAUCGCAGACGCUUCAGCCGUCCCUGUUCUCGAAGCGGGCGAUGGUCGACCAAGGCCUACGCCUUGCCGCCCGCCAAAUCGAGACAAGCAUCAACGCUACCUUCGACCCAACCGUUGUACUGAACACAACUACCGGUGACAACAAGCAGAUGGACACGGUGCGACUAGCGGUAUCUGGCAUCCAGGCGUACGUGCAGCAGCUGGCAGUGCCGUCGGGCAACUCGUUCAUGACGAUGCUGCUGAUCGUGGCCAUCAUCAUUGUGGCCAUUGUGGUGGGCGUCCUGCUAGUCAAGGUGACUCUCGAGAUCUGGGCGCUCUUCGGCAAUCUGCCUAAGUCUCUGCGUGGCUUCCGCAAGCACUACUGGCGGUCGAUCGCCCGCGCUGUCACGGGCCUCAUCUUGCUACUGUACGGUGUCUGGGUGUUGUACUGCGUUUUCCAGUUCACGCGGGGGGACUCAUGGGCGGCUAAGAUCCUGGCGGGCGUCACGUUGUUCCUCUUUACUGCCGUACUGGCCUACUUCUCGUGGAAGAUCUGGAGUACAGCGCGGCGGCUCAAGAAGCUGGAGGGUGACGUUGCGGCACUGUACGAGGACAAGACGAUUUGGGUCAAGUACAGCCUGUUCUAUGAGUCGUACCGCAAGGACUACUGGUGGAUCUUUGUGCCGACCAUCGCGUACAUGUUUGUCAAGGGCGUCGUGAUUGCGGCGGCGGAUGGGCACGGCAUGAUCCAGUCUGUGGCACAGCUCGUCAUUGAAGGCAUCAUGUUGAUCUUGUUGCUAUGGAGCCGGCCCUAUGAGCGGAAGUCUGGCAACAUCAUCAACAUUGCCAUUCAAGUGGUGCGCGUGCUGUCAGUUGUCUGCAUCUUGGUGUUUGUCGAGCAGUUCCAUAUCGAACAGACUACGCAAACCAUCACCGGCGUCGUCUUGAUUGCCAUCCAGUCCGCGCUGACCGGCAUUUUGGCCAUCCUGAUCGCCUGGAACGCCAUCAACGCGUGCAUCAAGAAGAACCCGCACCGCAAGCGGCGCAAGGAGCUGGAAAAACUCCGCUCACGCGACACCCUCACUUCUCUCAACCCGCGCAACACCCUCCUCAUGCUCAGCCGGGCCCGCACCGUUACCUCAAAUCACUCUCAUACUCUGUCAUCCGCGUCAUCGUCCUCUUCACACAGUCUCAAGGACGAGAAACGCCCGGUUUCCCCCGAGCCAAACAUCCCGCCCGUCCCUCCUCUGCCAAGAUCCAUUUCAAACGCUGUGGGCCCGAAGAGCUCGAGCCGCGAGAAUCUUGUUGCUGGCGCUGCGCCGUUCAGUGGUGUCAGUGUUCCGGGCCCGGAUCUGAAUCGGGAGCCCACGCUGCCGAACGUUGAGGGUGUUGCUGGGUAUCGGCCUCCCCCUGCUUCGGGAGCAGCCGGAGGUGUUGGCGGGUAUAGCAGGGGGUACGGGUUGCCUAGGUCACCUUAUGGGCCGCCACCGAUGGGGCCAGCCGGAGCUGGGAGCUACGGGUAUCGCGGGCCGUAUGGGAGGUAUUGA